AUGGAGAAGUACCACUCCGUUCACGAGAAAGAUAUCUCUAGCUUCGACCUCCCUUCCACACGCAUUGCAGAUCGAUUACCUACAGUGUCCGCGGCUGACGCACUGGAAGAACUAGACGGCGGUGUCGCCAGACAUGUUUCUACCGGCAUUGGACGACUAGAUGAGGCUCUUACAUCGUCUUCGUCCCUGCGGGAACCGACGCCGACGCGUGGGGGAGGUCUCCAGAGAGGACAGGUCACGGAGAUAUGGGGACCACCAGGCUCAGGCAAGACAGCCACUACCAUGCGCGGGAAGACGACGACGAGACUAACGCAAAGCUUCAAAGAUUGCGCGUAUACUGUUUGCGGCCAUCGGCUGAACGCAGUAGUCGAGGCAGUAGAAGCAACUCAGCCAUCUAAGGACACCGAAGUGGCAACAUCGGCCACGGAUCACUUUGCGCAUUAUGGCUGCCCCAGCCUACCACAUCUGAUAGCACUCCUAUGCCGUCCCACAGCGGCAACAGUGCCAGCAAAUUCGGCUGUGGUUGUGAUAGACUCCUUAUCAGCCUUGGUAAACCACGCCUUCCCCAAAGCCCCCGACGGUAGAAAAGAUCCGCCGCGCGGCAAAGAUCUAUCUCUAUCAGCGAGGCGGCUGCAGGCUUUACAGUACAUCACCAGUGCCCUGCAGAAACUAGCAGCAACACGCGACUGCGCAGUGGUGGUCCUGUCGCAAUGUGCAACCAAGAUGCAGUUGGAGCGGAGCGCGACAUUGAUCCCAUCCAUUAAUGCUGGGGUAUGGGAACAGGGCAUGUCGACGCGGGUCGUGCUGUUCAGAGACUGGGUAUGGAAGGAAGAGCGACCAUGGUCUGUAUGCUUCGCCGGCGUGCAGAAGCUAGACGGCAAGGCUGGGCCGGACAUGAUGCAGAGCGCAGCGGCGUUUAGAGUUGAGGCGACGGGCGUGGUUGGUGUGCAGUACGACACUAGCCAGCCAUCGGUGUUCCUACCAGCGGCUCCACGAGCGAAACGCAAGUUGGCAGAAGCUGGCCUCGAGGUGCCCGAUAGCGAGGAAGAUGACGAGGAAUAUGGAUGGGCACGAGAAGACGAGUCGACGCUUCCCGGCCCGCCGCCGCAGUGGCAAGGCAGCGAAGACAUUCUGCUGGGGACCCAGGCGGCCGAGAGCGAGGAUGACGGCAGUAGCGACGGAGACGGGCACGGCGAUGGCGGCGACGGUGAUGACGAGGACGACAAGGCAGAAGAUGUGGAUGAGGCAGCGACUAGCGGCCGAGAUAACCAGGAUUUGGCCGAGUAG